UAGAAAAGUUCCAAUGGCAAACAAAAGCUCUCGUCUUUCAUGGCUUCUCCUCAGUCUCGCCUUCACUCUCCUUGUUAUUCACUCGUCAGCUUCUCAGAAUGACCGAAAGGCUUAUAUUGUGUAUAUGGGCAACAGGAAGUUGGACGAGGUUUCCACAUCAUCCCUUCACACAAGCAUGCUACAAGAAGUCAUUGGAAGCAGUACUGGACCGGAUUCUCUAAUCCAUAGCUACACGAGGAGCUUCAAUGGAUUUUCAGCAGAGCUAACUAAGCAAGAAGCUCAAAAAAUAGCCGGGAUGGAUAGUGUAAUGUCUGUUUUCCCUAGCAAACAAAAAAAGCUUCAUACAACAAGGUCAUGGGACUUCCUUGGUUUUCCACAACAAGUUCCUAGAAGACCCGUCGAAAGCAACAUCAUUAUAGGAGUGUUUGACACUGGAAUUUGGCCGGAGUCGGAAAGCUUUAGUGACGAAGGAUUUGGUCCACCACCAACCAAAUGGAAGGGCAGCUGCCAAGCCUCGGCCAAUUUCAGAUGCAACAAGAAAAUCAUUGGAGCGCGAUAUUACCAUAGCAAUGGAGUUUUAGAGAAAAAAAUUGUCAAAUCUCCUAGAGAUUCCAAUGGCCAUGGGACACAUACUGCAUCAACAGCAGCUGGGAACCUAGUUAAUGAGGCAAGCCUUUUGGGGUAUGGUUUGGGAACAGCACGAGGAGGAGUUCCAUCAGCACGCAUUGCUGUCUACAAAGUAUGUUGGCAUGCUGGCUCAUGUGAUGAACUUGACAUUCUUAAGGCAUUUGACGAUGCCAUUGAUGAUGGCGUUGACAUCAUAUCUCUUUCUGUUGGUGGAUCCCGUGCUCAUAACUAUUUUGAAGAUGCAAUUGCCAUUGGUGCCUUUCAUGCUAUGACUAAUGGAAUAUUGACUUCAGUGUCUGCUGGUAACGAAGGUCCAGGUCUAUCAACCCUCUCAAACUUUUCGCCAUGGUCUCUCUCUGUGGCUGCAAGUACUAUAGACCGAAAGUUCACCACUAAGAUCCAAUUAGGUAACAAGAAGAUCUAUGAGGGAAUUUCAAUUAAUACAUUUGACCUCAAGUAUCGAACUUAUCCAGUAAUAUAUGGUGGAGAUGCACCAAACACUAAAGGAGGUUUCAACGGCUCCGUUUCCCGGUUUUGCAUUAUCAAAGAUUCGCUGGACCAAAAUUUGGUGAAGGGUAAAAUUGUACUUUGUGAUGGCCUGAAUAAUGGGGAAGUGGCAUUCGAAGCUGGUGCAGUGGGUACUAUUAUGCACGGUCCAGACGGGCAAAGAGCUUCAAGGUCUUUUCCCUUGCCUGCAUCUUACCUUGAUUUGCAGGAUGGUAGCAAGCUGCACUCGUACAUAACAUCGGCUAGAAACCCAACUGUGACUAUUCUUAAGAGUGAGGAAGGUAACGACACAUUUGCCCCGUACAUAGACUCAUUCUCAUCAAGGGGUCCAAAUCCAGUUACUUUCAACAUUCUCAAGCCGGAUUUAGCUGCUCCUGGCGUUAACAUCCUAGCAGCAUGGCCUCCAUUUUUCCCAAUUACAAAAGUUAAAGGUGAUAACAGAUUGUUGCCAUACAACAUUUUGUUAGGGACAUCAAUGGCUUGCCCACAUGCUACAGGGGCGGCUGCCUACAUCAAAUCCUUUCACCCCACAUGGUCACCUGCGGCAAUCAAGUCUGCUCUUAUGACUACUGCUAUUCCCAUGAGUGCUGGAAAGAACCCAGAGGCUGAAUUUGCUUAUGGUGCAGGGAAUAUAAAUCCUCUUAGAGCUCCGUAUCCUGGCUUAAUAUAUGAUAUUAAGCCAUUUGACUAUAUGCAAUUUUUAUGCAGCGAAGGAUAUAAUACCAAGUUAUUACAAUAUAUUACUUUUGACAAGCUAACUGGAUGUUUUGAAGCCAUUAAUGGAAGAGCCUUUGAUCUAAACUAUCCUUCUUUUUCUCUAUCCACAUCACACUCGAAAUAUAUCAAUCACGUUUUUCAUCGGACCGUUACCAAUGUUGGAUCACCAAACUCGACAUAUAAAGCUGUUGUGACCACCCAAGAUGGACUUAGAAUCAAAGUUAAGCCUCGUGUUCUAUCAUUCACAUCUCUGGGAGAAAAGCAACCCUUUACGCUGAAGAUUCAAGGAACAGCAAAUAAAUUUAUAGUCUCUGCUUCUUUAGUGUGGGAUGAUGGAAAGUUUCAAGUGAGGAGCCCCAUUGUAGUGGUUGUUCGUGAUGCUGAUGCAUGACAUUUUCUGGUAUAUAUAUAUGUAUUACGUAAAUAAAAGUUCAUCACAUUUUCUGGUAUAUAU